CGAUCCCAGUUCUUCCCGGAGAGUGGUGGGGUUUGAUUUGCAGACAUCCUCGGCCGAGAUCCGCGCCUCCAGCCGAGGAUUUCUUGUUCAGCAAUGGAGGCCGAGAGGAACAAGUACAUUACGUCGGAGGAGCUCAAGAAGCACAGCUCCCCCGGGGAUCUGUGGAUCUCGAUCCAGGGGAAGGUGUACGAUGUGUCCGACUGGGCCAAGCACCACCCCGGCGGCGAGGUCCCGCUCCUCACCCUGGCCGGCCAGGACGUCACCGACGCCUUCAUGGCGUACCACCCCGGAUCGGCCUGGAAGCACCUGGAGGCCCUGUUCACCGGGUACCGCGUCCGGGACUUCGUCCCCUCCGACGUGUCCAAGGACUACCGGAAGCUCCACGCCGAGUUCUCCCGGCUGGGGCUCUUCGAGAGGAAGGGGCACGUCGCCGUGUGCUCCCUCACCGCCAUCGCGGUGAUGCUGUCCCUCUGCGUGUACGGCGUGGUGGCCUGCGAGGGCGCCGCGAUCCAUUUCCUCUGCGCCGUCCUGCUCGGGUUGCUGUGGAUCCAGAGCGCGUACAUGGGGCACGACUCGGGCCACUACCAGGUGAUGACCACCACCGGCUACAACCGGCUGGCCCAGAUCCUCGCGGGCAACUGCGUCACCGGCAUCAGCAUGGCGUGGUGGAAGUGGACCCACAACGCCCACCACAUCGCCUGCAACAGCCUCGACCACGACCCCGACCUCCAGCACAUCCCGGUGUUCGCCGUCUCCUCCAGGUUCUUCAAUUCGCUCACCUCCAUCUUCUACGGCCGGAAACUCAAGUUCGACUUCCUGGCGAGGCUGCUGGUGAGCUACCAGCAUUGGACAUUCUACCCGGUCAUGUGCUUCGGGCGCAUCAAUCUCUUCAUCCAGACCUUCUUGCUCUUGUUCUCCAAGAGACAUGUACCGGAUCGAGCCCUCAACAUUCUGGGCAUCCUCGUGUUCUGGACUUGGUUCCCUCUGCUCGUGUCUUGCCUGCCCAAUUGGAGCGAGCGGGCCAUGUUCGUGGUCACCAGCCUCAGCGUCACCGCCGUCCAGCACAUCCAGUUCUGCCUGAACCACUUCUCGGCCAACGUCUACAUGGGCCCGCCCAACGGGACCGACUGGUUCGAGAAGCAGACGGCCGGGACCAUCGACAUCGCGUGCUCGACCUGGAUGGACUGGUUCCACGGCGGGCUCCAGUUCCAGCUGGAGCACCACCUGUUCCCGAGGCUGCCCCGCUGCCAGCUCCGGGGGAUCGCUCCGCUCGCCCGCGACCUGUGCAAGAAGCACAACCUGCCCUACCGGAGCCUGUCCUUCUGGGAGGCCAACGUCUCCACCAUUAGGACGCUGAGGACCGCCGCGCUGCAGGCCCGCGACCUGUCCAACCCCGUGCCCAAGAACUUGGUCUGGGAGGCCGUCAACACCCACGGCUGACCCGUUUCCGGCUCCACAUUUACCCGCUUUCCAGAAUUUUCCGAUUCUCUUUUCCCCCAGCCCCCCUUUUGUUUCAAAAUUUCAAUCCCGGAGUUUAGUUGUUGCGAGGUUGAUUCUUACAUUGAUCUUCGGCUCCAUAUAUUGAUUUGUUUUGUCUAAUUUAGCAACGUCUUUGUGGCUCG